CAGAAGACCGACGGCCAGUGUCCAGCUCGACCUCGCCGCGCGCUCUCAUCUCUUCCUCUCCGGGAAAAGCUCCCCGCGGCCUCUCAAGUCCUCAAAUGGACCACAAGGCUCUGGUGCCCGAGGGGAGGAGGAAGGCGACGGUGUCCCCGAGAGCCGGUCGCCGACGCGCGCUCUCACCAGCUCGGCUCGCAGCCCGGGCAGGGCGCUCUAGACGCUCGGGUCUCUGCUCCUCCUGCGCCUCCGCUUCCGCCUCCGCCGGGGGGCGCCGGGAGCCUCCUCGCGGCACAGCCAGCUGGAAGGCGCCCGCCAGCCGCCGCCUGAGGUCUUCCGGCAGCCGGCAUGGGGGCGACGGGGGCCUCCUCCUGGCCGUCCGUGCGCUUACUGCCCCCGGGGGAGCCGCGCGUCGGGCAAGGGCCUCGGGGCCAAAGCCCAACACUGACUGGGACUCCGUGGGGUCCCCGGGAAGUCGCUUCUCUGCGGCUGCCGGAGUCCCCGGGGCCCAUUCCAGAGGCGGCGGGGCCCAUUCCAGCGGCAGUCGGAGGAGGUGGUUCCCCGUAACUCCGCGAAGAGGUUGCAACUGGAUCACUUCUUGCUCCUUGGAGUGUCUAAGAGGAAGACUUGUAUCUCUCCAGAUCAUUUACUUCAACAAGAACUUCAGAAUUACUCCAAAGAAAAAGGUAUUGAAUGAAGAGAAUAUUGGACAAAGAUCCAAUAUACAUGUGAAAACUGUGUGUGUUUGUUUGUUUGAUGAUUAUUUUGUGAAAUAUCUUCUUGGUGAGCAGGUUGUAGGAAUGGGAACUUGAAAAGUAGAGCUGAAUGUUCCAUAAUUUGGAACUUGCUUGGAAGCUUAAAGUCAAAUAUCAUUUGGUAAUUUUUUUCAUCAAAAAAUCUAUAAAAAAUAAUGUGAGCUUUGGAUGAUGUUUACCACUCAACACUGAUACCUAUUCAUCACUAAUACCCUGACCUGCUUCCAGAAAGAGGCAGCUUAUGAAGUUGAACAUUUCCAUUGAUGGCACUGUGAUAAAUUUGUGAUGGUAGCUCACUGGCUUCUAGGAAAAUACAAAGAGAGGGCUACUAAGGCAGAUUGGAUGAGGAUCGGGAAAUUGGAGGAAUUGCCAAGAAAAGUCAAGGCCAAAAGAGAAAGACAAGGCCAAUCAUGAAGGCUUCUCUCUGUCCUAUCAGGAGUAUAACAUAAAUAAGUAGGAUACAGAAAAUACCUGAAUUAAUCAUCAGAAACCAACUAUGUCUGCAACUUUGAAUAAUCCUCAAACAGGCAAGGAGCAACAUAUGUAAGUUUCCAGUGGUCAGAAAUGUCUUUCCUCAACAUCAGUAUUGUGUCCUAAUCAUGAAACCUAUGCAUCUACAGCCCCAAGGAAGCUCCAUCCUCAAAGAACAAGAAUGCUAUUUUUACUUGUUCAGCCUGUUAGUAUACUUCACCAAGGAGGGAGACAUUGGGUGAUCUCUUUUCAAAAGAUCUUCAACAGGGAUUUUUGAUUUUCUAGGUAAUUAUAAGUUAAUUUAAAAAAAUGUUUCAAAGUAUCUGGGUACCUUGCUUCUCAAGAAGGAGUUCAUCAAGGUUUUAUUUUAGUGAUUCAAGGCUUUAGGUUGAAGCACUAAAUAUACAUCUGAGUAGAAUAAUGGGGAAGAUUCUUCAUUACAGCUUUUAGUAAUCAAAUAAGAAAAUGUUAUCUAGAAAGAAGUCAAGGUACAGCAUGAUGACUAUAGUUAACGAUUCUGUGUUGCAUAUUUGAAAAUUGCUGAGAGAGUAGAUCUUAAAAGUUCUCAUCGCAAAAAAAUAAGUUGUAAUUAUGUACAGUAACAAAUGUUAACUAGACUUCUGAUCCUUUUACAUAUAUGUGAAUAUUAAAUCAUUAUGUUAUAUACCUGAAACUAACAUAAUAUUGUGUGUGAGUUAUAUCUCAAUAAAAAAAGAAAAAUUUUUUAAAAGUUAAGGCAUAGGAAAAAGACUAAGGAUGUAGGUAUUAGAUGAAACAAUCAGAAAGCACUCAGUAAAAGAAAGAUUUAUGACUCUGUAUCUUUUUUUAAGUUUUCUGAUAAAAGGUAAUGUUCACUGAGGAAAGCUUGAAAAAUAUAGAGGGAUAAAUACCACUCAGUUUCACUACUUGGGCACGACUGCUGUUAAUAUUAUGGUUUUCAAAGUUUCUUAACCUCUAUGAGCUUUAGUUGCUUUAUCUGUUAAAUGAAGUUAAUAAUAGUACCAACCUCAUAAGGUUAUUCUGAGAAUUAAAUAGAUAAAACACGUGAAAGCUUAAUGUUUGGUCAGAGUAUGCACACACACAAAAGAUUAGCUGUCAUUAUAUUUCAACGCCUAUCUCCAUUAUUUUUAAUUUUGCAAAUCGGAGUCAUACUUAACUUUUGUUUCAUAUCAUGGUUUUUUUAUUAAAAUAUUAUGAACAUCUUCCUAGGCCCUUAAAAUUCUUUACAAUGUAUAUAUAAUAGCUUUAUAGUAUAGUAUUCCGUGCUGUAGAAUACGUGGUUCUCAGUCAGGUGCAAUUUUGCCCCCAGUGGACAUUUUGAAAGUUUGAUUGGCACGUUUUGAUUGGCACAACUGGGGAAAGUGAGCAUCUAGGGUGCCGCUAAAAAUCCUACAAUGUACAGGAAAAUCCCCCACAAUUCUCCAGCCCCAAAUUUCAAAAGUGCUGCGAUUGAGAAACCUGAGAAUAUAUCAUGAUUUUUUUAAAACAAGCCAUUCUUAUUAGACAUUUAAAUAAAAUGCAUUCGUAUACAUAACAUUGGGAUGAAUACCCUAGUAAUUACUACUUGCUGAGGCUGUUCUGUGGUGUGCAUGAUUAUUUACUUUAA